AGCAAGUAUUUAAGAAGGGAACGAGUACUAGCAAUACUAAUUAAUAACCAAAGGUUAAUCUCGAAACUUUAUUUUUGCUCAUAAAAGUAUAAUAACUUUUUUUAAAAAAAUUAUUUAUGAAAACAAUCGUACUAGGAAGUGCACUUGUACUUAAACUUCCUCAAAUAUGGUCUGCCCCAGAUGAUAUCACACCCUCUCCCACUUACUACCUUCUUCCCAACUUUCCUCAAAAUAACAAAAAAUUCAACCAUUUUUCUUCUACAAUUAGAAACUACUUCUUCCUGUACUUUCCUCCAUUUUCUCUCCUCCAAUCCUUCAAUGGCGAAAUCAAUGAAGCAUGAGAACAAUAACCCUUUCGACCUCCUUAACGAAGAACUCCUCUUCAUAAUCCUCGAUCAUCUCUCCAUUGACGACCACCUCUCUGUUAAAUCAUUUUCUCUCUCCUCAAAAUUAUUCCACUCCGCCGAAUCACAACACCGAAGAUCCGCCAAACUCCUCCGACCCGAAUUCCUCCCUUGCGUUCUUCGUCGUUACCCGUUUCUCUCUCAUCUCGACCUCUCUCUCUGUCCUCGAAUCACUGAUACCCAGCUCCAAACGACGUCGUCUUUGGGACCCGUUUUGCGGUCCAUUAAGCUGACUUUGUGUAGGUUUGUAACCGGGUUAGGGGUUUCGGAUCUGGUAUCAAAAUGCCCGAAUUUGGUGGAGCUGGAUCUUAGUAAUGGUACUGAGCUUAGUGAUUCUGCUGCUGCCGCCAUUGCUGGAGCACAGAAUUUGGAGAGGUUGGUAAUGGUGAGAUGUAAACGGGUUUCGGAUAUGGGUAUUGGGUGUAUUGCUGUUGGUUGUAAGAAAUUGAAGAGGGUUAGUUUGAAAUGGUGUUUAAGGGUUACUGAUUUAGGGGUUGGUCUUCUUGCCCUUAAAUGCAAGGGCCUUUGCUCUUUGGAUCUUUCUUAUGUUCCGAUUACAGAGAAAAGCCUUAAGCCUAUAUUGCAAUUAUCUUCUCUGGAAGAUCUAGUGUUAGUGGGAUGUCUUGGCAUUGAUGAUGACGGACUUGGUUUACUUGAAAAAGGUCACACUAUGUUAAAGACACUUGAUUUAUCCAACCGUCAGAACAUCAGUCACACUGGUUUAGCCAAUUUGACUAGAGGUGCUGGAUCCCUGAAAGAGAUCAUAUUGGCAUAUGGCUCAGCUGUUACUCUUGACAUAGCGAAGUGUCUUCAGAAUCUCUCAAUGUUGCAGUGUCUGAAGUUAGAUGGUUCCCCAGUCACUUGCUCUGCAUUGAGGAUGAUAGGAAACUGGUCUGGUUCUCUCAGGGAGCUGAGCCUGAGUAAAUGCUCAGGUGUAACUGAUGAAGGAAUUGCCUGUAUCGUCAGGAAGCAUACAGAAUUGAGAAAAUUAGACAUCACUUGCUGCCGCAAGAUAUCAUUGGUGUCAAUUGACUGUAUCACAAGGUCAUGUACUGCUCUCACUUCCCUUAAGAUGGAGGCUUGCUCUCAUAUCUCUGCAGAUGCUUUUGUAUUGAUUGGACUGCGUUGUCGAGUCUUGGAGGAAUUGGAUGCAACAGACAAUAAUAUAGAUGAUGAAGGUCUAAAAUCUAUUUCUAGAUGUUCUAGGCUUUCCUGCUUGAAGUUAGGGAUCUGUCUUGGCAUUACUGAUGAAGGGUUGAUUCAAGUUGGGAUACAUUGCUCUAAGCUAAAAGAGAUUGAUUUAUACAGAGCCGUAAGAAUAUCUGAUAAAGGCAUUGCAUCAGUAGCUGAAGGCUGCCCUAUCCUUGAGUUGAUCAACAUAGCAUAUUGUGAUCAAGUUACGGAUGUCUCUCUAAUAAUGUUAUCAAAUUGUUCGAGAUUAAAAGCAUUGGAAGCUAGAGGUUGCUCUCAUAUCACAUCAAAAGGUCUGGCAGCCAUUGCUGCUGGAUGCGGGCAACUUGCUGUCCUAGACAUAAAGAAAUGUUUCAGAAUUGACAACUCCGGAAUGAUUCCUCUGGCUCGUCAUUCUUUGAACCUCAAACAGAUAAAUCUGUCGUAUUGCUCAGUUACAGAUGCUGGACUGUUAGCAUUAGCGAGCAGAAGCCCAUUGCAGAACAUGACGGUAUUACAUCUGGCUGGAUUGAGCCCAAAUGGGCUAGCAGCAGCCUUGCUGGCAUGCAGGGGAUUAAAGAAAGCGAAGAUCCACGAAUCCUUUAAAGCUCUGCUUCCUCAAAUCCUUCUUGAUCACAUGGAGAGCCGUGGUUGUGUGUUUCACUGGAGAGACAAAGCCUUUCAGCCUCAGGUUGACACAGACCCAUUGAACUGGAACCUACAGAGUAAUAGACACUCCUGACCCAUUUGACACUCCAUUUGGACCUGGAAGAAGAAACACAUACGACGACUAUGAGUACUAAUUUAUUGUAAUUUUAUUUAGCUUUCCUUUUUCCUGUUUCUCCCCUAAUCACUAAUCUGUUGUUUGUGCUUUUUUUUUUUUUUUUUUUUAUUAUUUUUUUAUAUAGAAAGAAACCUCAUGAAAUCGGCAAUAAUGAGGCAUAUCUGAUAAGGACUUAAUUUAACACAAGUAUGUUAAUUAAUUAAAAUAAUUAUAGUACGUUGUCAACUGCGUGAUAUUGUUAUUUUUUAAGUGUGGAUAACUUAUAAAUUUAUUAUGGUUGUAUUAAUGUCAACCAACCAAAUGAGGUUGACAAGAUUUCAUACAGAA